AUGAAGGCCUUGGAUCUCGAUCUUCCCAAUCUCGAGGAAACCACCGUCGUCGGAAACGUUGCAAGGCUCCAUAGGUUUCCGCGCAGAGUUGGAGGCAGCGACAUGUUCCCUAGCCCUCCUCAAAACCUUCGCAAGCUCGUGGUGCGCUUCGCUUCGUUCUUUCCUAUGCUUCCAGACUACGGAUCCAUCACACACCUCUCCCUAUCGGUCAUGCGCAAAGUUUGGAAGCCUCACUUCUUCCACCUUCUCAGGACCUGCGGCCCCACACUGAGGAGCUUAACACUCCAUCACUUCUCUAUAGACCACUCCAAACGGAAGCAUUUAUUCCAGAUUCCUCCCCCCACGUACACCCCACACUGGACGACACUCGAGCUAGACUUCAGCCCCUCAAAGGUCACCGUCGUCCUCGCUGGGGCCCCGGAGGCUCACGCGCAGCUCUCCCUCCGGUACACUCCCUGUCCCACCGAUUGGUCUGGGGGUUCCUGGGGCGUCCUAUGGGGGCUCCAGAACUUCAUCCCCUGGAAACAGCUCGUCGCGGUCACUCUGCGCGCCGGCGCGCGCGUCCACACGGCGGUGACGUUCGUCGCGAACGGCCUGGCUGGAGCGCGGGGCGGCAAGAUGGCCUCGCUGCGCAUCAUCACGAAGCGCCCCGGGAAGAGGCCAGAGCUCAUGGAGGCCGCGGUGAAGGCUCUGGGGGAGGUCAUCGGCGGAGACCCGCAGGAGAGCGAGGAGGUUGCCCGCGCGCCGUUGGGUUUGACCUCGCUGGAGCUCUGGGUGACGAAGAGGGUGUUUCUGGAGCAGUUGCAGCUUCGAGGGAGGGUGCCGGGCUUGGAGAGGAUCGUCCUUCAUUGCCCGAGGACGACGGAGGCCUGGGUUGAGCAGAUGCGUGGGCAGCUUCCACAGUUGGAGGUGCAUGUGCUGAAGGGUCAUGUGCUGUUGGAAGUCAACCUACCGGCGCUGGACAAGGCGAUGCGGGGCGACACCGGUGUUUUUGUGUAG